UAACUAGAGAGAGAGAGAGAGAGACAGAGAGAGAGACAGAGAGAUGAAGGGCACGUCCAAGGUGAUAAUGGGAGCAACACUAGUAAUGGUGGUGGGCCUUGCCAUGGUAUUAGGCCUAAUCUUGGUGCUGCUAGCUGAGCUCUACUGUUCUCUCUUACUCCGCCGCCGUCAGCUCAAAAUCAGCACCACCAACGCCGCCACCGCCUCCGCCGCUGCUGACAGCACCGCGGAGGCAGAGACCGCGGCCUCAUCCUCAUCACGCCUCCAAGACCAGUCACCAGAACCAACUCCGUCUCCUCUAAGUAGUUUCCAUGCACAGGGUGUUCUUCAAGCUCCGAGAAGCCUCCUCUUCCCUGCAAUUUCCUUCAAAGAAGACUGCCUCCAAACAAAGAAGAAACUUUCUCAACUCCGUGAUCAUCAUCAAGUUAUUGACAUCCCAAAACAAGAACAUAACCACGUGGGGAUGGUUUCCAAUUCCACUCCUUCCCCAUCGAUCUCGUUCGUGCCGUCGCCGCAACGGGCAGAAGAGGAGAAAACGGAAGGUGGGAAUGUGACUAGUACUAGUUGCAAUGAGAAAACUUGUGGUGACGGUGGUAAAGAGCAUUUUGUGUACAUUUCAAAUCCCAUUUAUGAAAACAUAGAAAGCGGACUCAGUGGAUCAAACACCCCAUUUGAAACUCCCGACACUUCUCCUUCAAGGUUAGAAAUGGGGGGUUCUGAUUCUUCUUCUUCUUCUUCAGGAGAAGAUGAGAUUGCCAAGCCAAGUUCAUUAACACCGCCAUUAACGCCAAUGAAGAAGCUCCCGGCGGAGGGUUGCUCAGUUUCUCUUAGAGACGCCAGAUCUCUAGGCACUUCAGGCAGUGACUCCAAUAGUAACAAUGGCCACUCGUCAUCUUCCUCAGGUUCUCCUUGUACUUCUCCUUCUUGGUGAC